CAGCCCUUGCAGUAAACCAAUCAGAACGCGUCCUCAUUCAUCCCGCCAUUUUACGAACGUUAUUUUGCCACCUCGAAUAGCACAACAACCAGAUGAAAUUUCUUUUCAUGUGAGGUAUAUUUACGUUAUUUUGAGUUUCGUUAUGAUGAGUGAAUCAAUAACAACUCGGUGUGCAAAGCUCAACCAACUUUUCGUCCACAAAAAUGGCGGUCGUCGAUCUGCGAACGUUGUGAGUCGGGAAGCGCUUCUGGACGCUUUCACAGUGUUGUUUGAAGAAUGCAGCUCCGAUCAUAUGAAGAAGAAAGACAAGAAUAUAGCGACUUUUGUCAAGAAAUACCAGCCGAUGAUAAAUGAGCUUCGAAGACUUUCCCUGAGCAAAAACGAUUUCAACGUUGUCAACACUAUUGGGAGAGGACAUUUUGGAGAGGUUCAAGUAGUAAAAGACAAGGCUACAGGUGAUGUCUAUGCUAUGAAGACUUUAAAAAAGUCACAGACCCUUUCAGAGGAAGCUGUGGCAUUUUUUGAAGAGGAAAGAGAAAUCAUGGCUACGGCUAACAACCCCUGGAUCACGUCACUACAGUAUGCCUUCCAAGACAGUCACAGCCUGUACUUGGUGAUGGACUACCAUCCUGGCGGUGAUCUGCUCUCCCUGCUCAGCAAGUACGAUGACAUCUUUGAGGAAGACAUGGCCAGGUUCUAUUUGGCUGAGAUUGUGAUGGCAAUACACAGUUUACACACCAUGGGCUUUGUGCACAGGGAUGUGAAGCCAGAUAAUGUGCUGAUUGAUAGAACAGGGCACAUCAAACUUGCAGACUUUGGCUCAUCUGCCAGACUAUCAGCUGACAAAAAGGUAUUUUCCAAAAUGCCUGUGGGUACCCCAGAGUACAUAGCCCCAGAGGUUCUGACAAGCAUGGAUGGGUCAGGAGGGGCUUACGGAGUGGAAUGUGACUGGUGGUCACUUGGGGUUGUGGCCUACGAGAUGCUUUUUGGCCAGACCCCAUUUGAAGCAGACUCAGUUGUUGUCACAUACAGCAAGAUAAUGAAUUUUAAGAGCUCCCUGAGGUUCCCAUCAGAGCCAAAGAUCAGUGAGGAUGCCAAGGAACUCAUUCACAACCUUCUCACAAGCAGUGAAGGCAGGAUUGGCUAUGAGGGUCUUGGCUGCCACAAGUUCUUUAACGGCAUUGAAUGGAAUAAACUACAAAACACCUUGCCUCCUUAUGUGCCAACACUUGAUGGAACAGACGACACGUCCAACUUUGACGAGUUUGAGCCGGACUCAGAUGAGAUGGAUCAGCUCAAGAAGUAUUCGUUCUGCAGCGAAGAGAAGGGUUUCAAAGGCAAAGACCUGCCCUUUGUUGGCUUCUCUUUUAUCAAGAACAUCCCCUCUCCCACAUCACCAAGAAGGCGCAGUAGCCUGGUCCAUUCACCCAUCCAGCACCCCGGGCACCUGGAGCGAAAACUGACCAUGAAGACGAACGAGCUCAAGUCAGCACUCCACUCGUGCAACUCGCUGCGGAAUGAGAAAGAUGGCAUGACCAAAAUGCUAGGAGAUCUGAAGCGCACUUUGGCAGACAAAGAACAGGCGUUGAGGAAAGCAGAGAGUGAACGAGAUCUGCUGGAAAAGGAGAAAGUGCUGCACGAUUCACAAGUCAAGGACUUGCAAAGGAGACUUGACAUGGAGAGGGCAGAGCGGAACAAGAACGACUCCAACACGUUACAGAUGAUCACUGAACUAAAGCACAGCAGUCGCAAGGUGGAGGAGAUGCGAGAACAAGAAAGCAGCAGGGCGCUGAUGGAGGACCAACAGCAGAUCAUCUCUGAGCUAGAGCAGGAGAGAUUUAUUGCGAACAAGAGGGCGCAUCGUCUGGAAGAGGAACUACGCACUCAGCACUUGGUAAAUGAUGAAAGCAAGAAGAGGAUUAACGAUCUUCAUACAAGAAUCGCAAAGAUGAACGAAGAAGCAAAGCGUAGUAUGGGGGAGUGGCAAGCGAAGCUGGACAAGGUCACGAAAGAGAGCGAGGACUGUAUCUCAGAACUGGAAAGCAAGCUUGCCCAGGCAUUGAAGUCCAGGCACGAGGCCACCACUUUACUCGAUGAUGCAAGAGAAGCCAAGAGAGACCUGGAGAAAGAACUGGACACACUCAAGUUGCAGGUGGAGGGAACAAGCUCCGUCACAGAUGGUAGAAAGCCUAGUGUAAGAAGAUCAGAUAGCGUAAUGGCGCUGAAGAGGCGGGAAGAGCUGGCAGAGGAAAUAGUCAGCCGCAUUAGGGCGUGUUCCGAACUCAUGGACAAAGAGGAAAGUAAUUUACACGAGAAGUAUCGUGAUAAGGCGGCCGAACUGCGGAAGGCGCAGAACAAAAUCAUGGAUUUGGAGGACCAGCUCUUCAAGCUCCAACGGUCCCAGAAAAAACUCGAGAAGGAUGCGAGCGAAAGGAGAGCUGCGGAAGACAAAUUACAGGAGAAGGAAAAAGAUCUAAGCACCCUCACACGCUCCAAAAGGCAGCUGGAGUCGACCAUCCAUCGUCUGCAGGAGCAAAACUCCGAAAAAGACCAGCUCAUCAGGCACAACGAAAUGAGAAUAAAAGCGUUACAGAAGCGCUGUCAAUCUGAGAGUGGUUCAUCGGAGGUGGACAACGGGCAGACAUCGCCGCGUGCACAAGACUCGGCACAACUUGAUGAGAUGCGCCUGGAGAUUAACUCUGUACAGAAAGAGCUAGGCUGUGUACAGACAGAGCUCAAGGAACAGCAACAGGCUAACUCCACCCUUGAAAAGAAAUUACGAGAAACAGAAGACAAACUGGCUGAGAUGUCUAGUGAAUGUGCCGCGCUUCAGAACACGAAGAAAGCUCUGGAGGUCACCAUUCUGAAACUGGAGAAUGAAAUUGAUGAAAAGCUGCUGAGACAGGAGCUUAAGGCCGCGAAUCUUCUUGCCUUUGACGAUCUGGAGUUGAAGGAAAAAUCUGAGAUUGUGCAGGAACUCAACAGAAAGCUGAGCGAAAUGUCUAAGAAUUACGAGAACGCCACCAUGGAGGGCAAGAGACUUGAGUGCCGUAUCGAUGAGUUGAUGGAUGAGUGCUCCAAGGUAACUGCGGCUAAGGAGAAGCUCGAGGGAGAAUUGAAGGAACGUAAACGCGCGCAAGAGGGACAAGACCUGACCGUAUCGAUGCUCAAGUCCACGUGUACGAUGCUGGAGAGCCAAGUCGAGGAGCUAGAGAUUAUUAACGAGGACUUCGAGGAAAAACAAGUCAAGUGGGAAGCAACCAGGAAGAGCCUUGAACUCGCUCGUGAGAAGGCCGAGUGCUCGCUAGCUGAAGCUCAGAGAGCCCUUGAGCAGGAAAAAGCGACCAAGUCAGGGCUUGGCGAGGGCGUGACGAAGCUGCAAGAAUCACUGGAUAGUGUGCAUGCAGUGCACACCAAGGAAAUGGCCGAGAAAAACGAGCAGCUAGAGCGACUCCGACAGCGCACGGAGGAGCUUACGAGCAUGCUAAGCGAGGCGGAGAAAAAGCAUGGUAUGGCGAUGCUUGAGGUGAAAUCCGCUGAACGCAAGCUACAGCUCGAACUCGAGGAGAAAAACAAGUACAAGAUUGAGUCUGAGCGUCUUCAAGGCCAGAUCCACAAUCUGAAGGCGACGAACUUCGAGCUAAACCAGAACAUUGAGUCCGUGUACGAGAAAGUCGAGGGUCUGCAUCUGGAGCGUGCCGCCCUCGCUGAGCAACUCGAGGUGAUGGAGACUUCAUACGCCGAGGAGCGACUCAAGCUAGAGGCGACCAGCGCACAGCAAACCAAGCUCAUCGACUUCCUACAGUACAAGAACGAGGGCGCCUGCGGCAAGAAGAGAAAGCUGAUGGGAGGCGGCGCCAAACCGUGGGGCAAGCACGCCCCGUCACCCGGUCGAAACUUCGUUCCCAAGCAAUGGAAAGACCUCCAGCAAGCCCUGGAAAAAGAACGCGCAUCCAGCCUCAAAUUACAGACUGAUCUGAACCGAACAAAGACGGAACUGCAGGCGGCCAAGAUGGAAGUGGCUCACUGGAAAUCACAAUGCCAGAGCGCGGGCUCAGGAACUCCACGUCCAGCCCAGAAAUUCGCCGUUCUCUCAGCCCUCCAGCAGUCACCCAGUAGCCAAGCAACACCACUGACCCCUCAGGCUAAUAACGCCAACAAGCCACCUCUACCGCCAGACAGUAGCCAUCGGCCGAAGGAGCGCAUGCACCACAACAUACCUCACAGGUUUGUCAAUGUUCUGAACAUGCAUCCUGUCAAGUGCGCCGUGUGUCUGGACUCGGUCCACUUCGGCAGACAGUCGUCCAAGUGCGCAGAGUGCGACUCCGUGUGCCACAUCAAGUGUUGCCCUAACCUCCCUCACACGUGCGGUCUUCCGUCACAGUUCGUGGAGCACUUCAGCGAGGCUCUGAGCGAUAACAUGGACGUCUCCCUGGACAAGUCAAUGACGCGCUCCAUCUCGCAGCAUGGCCUGGGUCUAGAGGGAUGGAUGAAAGUACCAAGCGUCAUCGUCAACAAUGCAUGGGAGAAGAAAUGGCUCGUCCUAAAGGAGCAGAAAAUCAUGAUCUUUGACAAGGAGAACGUCGGGGAUAAGACUUCUCCGGCGGAGACCCUUCACCUAGACGGACGAGACGGCCACGUGACUGUCCAUUCGUCCGUGAUGUCGUCGGAGCUUCUCGGCUCCGCCCCGACAGACCUCCCGUACAUUCUUCGUAUUGAGUCGCGACCGAAGUGCUGGCCUGUGCAGAAUCUGUACUUGCUGGCUCCAAGCUUCAAGGAUAAGCAGAAGUGGGUCACCGCACUGGAGCUAACUCUCGACCAGAUCAAGAAAACAAGUGACAAGGAUGGCAAGAAACUGCUUGGAAACAUACUGCUGCGUCUUGAUGGAGAUGAGAAAGUUGACAUCAACUGUACCAAGCUAUUGAACGAGGAGCUCGUGUUACUUGGAGCAGAGGAGGGCUUAUACGCUCUCUCCCUCACCAAUCCGGGCAAGACCAAGCCACGUGAGGUCCCAGGGAUCGGCAAAGCCUUCCAGAUCGAGCUGGUGCCAGAACACAACCUGGCUAUUAUGAUCGCUGGCAAGGAGCGUGUGUUGUGCGCCGUGGAUCUGAAGCAGCUGACGUCUCGUGCUCGCCAGACCAAUUCUAGCGUGCCCUUGAAACCUUUGGAGUCGCACCCAAUCGACAAGAUCAAGAACUGCCACCUUUUUGCAGUCGGACAGUGUGACGGGAACCAGUUUAUCUGCGCGGCAACGCCCAACAAGCUCCAUCUACUGCGCUACAAUGCCGGCAUGGGUGCUUACUGCAGCAGAAAGGAGGUGGAGACGUGUGAGCCUUGCAACUGUAUUCACUUCACUUCCCACAGUGUUGUCUAUGGCAUCGGCAAGUUCUAUAGUCUAGAUCUUCGACAGCACACAGUCACCGAGUUCCUUGACCCGAAAGACACGUCGCUCGCGUUCGCGGUGUACGGAGCGGCCCAGCUGAACAUCUUUCCCAUUGCUGUACUUGACGUGACUUCCCCCGGGGCCCAUUCUGAAGAGUUCUUGCUUUGCUUUAAUGAGUUUGGUGUGUUCGUGAAUGGCGCCGGUCGACAAACUCGUGAGAAGACCUUGAUGUGGACUCGACUACCGCUCGCUGUGGCGUACAACGCGCCGUUCCUGUUUGUGACUCACUUCAACUCCCUGGACGUGUGUGAGAUCCCACCCUUCUCCUCGCCCAAUGCCAACUCCUUCGUGCACAAGUUCUUGGAGAUCCAGAACCCUCGGGUGCUGGGCGCGGCAGUGUCCCCUGGCGCCGUCCACAUCGCCUCCACCAUGCAGGAGCACGUGGAGAUGCUCUGUUUCAAGGGCAGUUCGGCCUCCUCUGUAGCCUCGCACAGCGACGAGGACCUCGCGGACUUCUCCGAGUACACUACGGAACGUCUUCGAAGAAUUUCCGGAGCAACCCCGAGCGCCCCCGUACCCACGGUCGGAGGGACACCGCGCAAGCGACGAUCAGCUUCGUUCCGCGCCGACGGACCUUUUAAGACUCCGAACACGAAAAGAAAGCACUGUCACGAGAUGAAUCCGAGAUAAAUUUGGCAACAAGAAUGCGCUAAACAGCACAACGUGUUGAGCAUUGUGUUACCACGAUGAAUUAUCUUGUCCGUAUAUGAUAUGCUAUGGGCAUGAAGUCGUUUUUAUUGUUCGAAUGAUGUGGAUAAAUAUUAGAUGAAAUUAAUCGUACAAUCACAUCUCUGCUAAAGGAGAAUUGUAGACGAAUUGUUUGUUUUGUUGGAAAUACAUUGAAUGACUCCUCAAAUCGAACACUUCACCUAAAUAUUCUCGUAAGAGUGUAGUUUUACUAACGAACACAAGACUUAGUUUUUAAGGCUAAGUUUAAACGUCGUAUUAUCAAUGAGUCGAUUGUUUCACCUUUAUUUGCAUUGAAUACGGCUCAUGGAUAAUACGACGUUUGAACUAAGCCUAAGGUAUCCCUAGAGUUGACUAUAUGGCAGUAAAGAUAGUAAAGCCACCAAGUGGUUUGGACCGGUGUGGUUCAACUUACGCCAUCCGAUUAAUUUUUGUCGCUUUUGUAGAAUUGUAAAUACUGCUUCCAAUAACUAUAAAAAAUGUGGAUUUAAAAGAGAAGAAUCAAUAGUUUCACUAAGUCGAUUAAAAAAUUGAAGCCCA